AAAAUGGCCGCUGGUCGUCAUUGAUCGUAUUUCUGCUGCGGCUUUGACGCCAUGUAAAUUUUCACUGAAAACGUGAAAAUUCAGCUCAUUUAGUUUAGGAUAUGUCAGUGUAGUGUUACGAUGAUGGAGUUUGACGAGAUUGUGGUGAAGGAGAGCCCCGGGCUUUGCCGGUGCUGUCUCUCCGAAGGGUGCUACAAAGACUUGGGUACUGAGUACACUUGGAUGAAUGAAACGGAGGUUUACGCUGAUAUGCUGCUAGAAUGUUUCGAUAUUAGUAUUACUCAACACAACGAUGGUCCAAAUGGCCCUAACCGGCUUAUUUGCGAAGUUUGCAUCACCAGGCUCCGAGAUGCGUGUAAUUUCAAGAAACAAGUACUGGACUCGGAGAAGAAGUUCAUUGAUAUGAUGGGGAGAGGAGAAUUUAGGCCUAAGAUGCUAAUCUACCAGGCCCAGAUGAAAUGUGAAGACCCAGUGGAAGCACCCAUUGAGGAAGCAGACAUCGAAUAUUUAGAAGACGACAUUGAUUUUACUGACGUUCCAGAAGAAUUAAUCAAAGAUGAAACGGAACCAUCAGUGUCAGACAUAACAGUCUCAACAUUACCAGUGAAAGGCAAGCGGGGUCGACCCCGGAAGAACGCUGUCAAGCCGGAGAAGAGACAGAAGGUUGAUGAUAAGCCCAAGACUUCGAAGGCUGUUACUAAAGGAGAACGCAAAGGUGGCCAGGAUACGACUGCUGCGCCGCUCCCCGAAUCACUCGACAAAGACUAUCAGACCAUCACAGCUCAGUCAACUAGCAAGCCGACCCUCACAGCUAAGGAUAAACGCAACAUCAUGAGAAACAACGUCGUCCAAGUGCUCACAAAGUCCACCGUCAUGCCAUUCCGAUGGCUCAAAAGUUCCUACAGAUGUUUCUACUGCUACGAUAUUUUCCAAGAAGCUUCAGAGCUUAAGAACCAUCAGCAAACUCACACUGGAGAUGCCAUCAAAAUUCAGGCUAUGAAAAAUUACUGGGAACCAGUUGUUUACAUAGAUAUAUCUGAUUUAUCCUGCAACCUUUGUCCUGAUAAAAUAACAGAUUUAUACGAGCUGGUUGAUCAUUUAAUUCUUAUUCACGGAAUAGAGUAUAAUAAGGAUGUAGGCAUUUGUAUGGUUGCUUUUAAGCUUGAUAAUUUUAAUGUUAGCUGCCUUGCUUGUGGUGCCAGUUUUUACACAUUUGGUCCUCUGCUCCAUCAUACGAACAAAGACCAUAAAGGAACGUCAGCCAUCCUAUGUGACGUUUGCGGUCAACAUUUCAAAGAUGCGAACUUACUACGUCUUCACGUGAAAACGGUGCACGAAAACGCACUAUACUUAUGUACGGAAUGUGGCGAAAAAUUCGAUUCAAAAUCCAAGCUUAAGACCCAUCAGAAAAAUAACCAUGAUAUGGAAAAGAAGUAUAAGUGUCCGAAUUGUUCUGAGGUGUUCCAAAGCCAUUAUAAGAGGUCUCGGCAUAUGGCUGCGGAACACAAGAAUAAGCAAGAAAUUAAAUGCCCUCACUGUCCAAAGACCUUCGUUUUUAGGAGUAUGAUGAUGACGCAUUUACGAGACUCCCAUCUCAAGUUCAGGAACCAUGUCUGUGGAGUUUGUGGUUGGAAGGCAUUCAAUAGCAAUCGCUUAAAGAACCAUAUGUACAAACACAGUGGGGAGAAGAAUUUUAAAUGUGAUGCGUGUGAGAAAGCGUUUACAACGAAAAAGAUAAUGAAGGCACAUUUCGCGAGGAUGCAUAAGACUCCACAUCCUACUAUUAUGCAGUAUGAUAAUCCUUAUGUAGGACAGGUUUAGAUAUCUUUAUGAAGGGGCUAGAAGUUGAAGCAAUUUUUACAGUUCACGCCAAAAUUACUUUGCAUUUCUGAAGUAAUACUAAUACAUUUGACUAAUAUUAAUAUUGAGUAGUGUUUUGUUUAUAUGCAUUUUUUUUUACUACUGCCAAGACAAAUGUCUUACUUUCGGACAAAUAAAUGUUCUCGACGAGAUGUUUCGGAACAAAUGUGCAAGGAAUCAAAUGGCUAACUUAACUUUAGACACGCAAAGUUAUUUGCUAGAACUGUGCUAUUUACAAAAGUGAAGCUGCAUUUCAUAGAUAGAUAGUAUCUUAUAUAUGAAUUGUAAACUAUUUAACUUUAAUGAUUAUGUCGUACAUAAAGAUCUCAAAGUAAUAUGUUCUCAUAGUUAGAUUACUAGUGCACGGGAUCUCGACUUUGAAUGGGUCAGUAUCACUUAUUGGUCUAAGUUACAUCAUUCUGGAAAUCGGUGGUGAUACACCCGUUCGUAGCAGAGCACCUAAAAGUCGGUCCUACACUUUAUCUCUCUCCGGCGGUGUCGGAUUGUCGUCCCAUCGCGCUAUGAGAGUGAAGGAAUAGGGAGUGCACCUGUGUCUGCGCAAAUGCUUGUGCGCUAUAAUAUGUCCUGCGCAGCUGGCUGAUCUCCUUAGAAGGAAUAGCCGCUUUGGCCGAUAGUCGGCUUGAAUGCCAUUACAUUAUAAUACGUUUGUAGAAAAAUUUCGGUAUCAGAAGUGACCCUUCUAGAGCCUUUUCUGAUGAAUGUAAUAUUAUCUAUAUAUACUUACAUUUUUUUAUGCAGCAAUAUAAUGUGCAAUAACAACUACAGUAUGUAUUUACCCAUACAAAAUAAAUUAUUUACUAAAAUUAUAAAUAUACAGCUUAAUAUGUGUGUAGUAUUUAGCCUUCUUUAUACCAGUGGCAUAAACUUAAUAAGUAUUGUUUUCGAAUACACAGCUGAAAAUAAUGUAGACCCACCGAGCUAGCGGUUCAUAUCAGCGUUGCUUUCUUUGAUUUGGUGUUGUAGGUAAUAUUAAGACAAUAAUAUCUAUCUAGAUAGAUGGAUGGAUUGCCUGAAAGAUUAUAUGAAUAGAAAGGGAGUGAGUGUCAGUAUGACGAGUGACAGGGGAAAAUGGAAGAAAAUGACAUAUUGCGCCGACCCCAAGUAAAAUUGGGAAAAUUCCUGCCCUGGCAGGAGAAAGAAAAAGAAUAUCUAUCUAGAUAAAUGAUAGUCGAAAUAAAGGGGUUGUUUUUCAAAUUAGUCUUCAAUUCAACAGAUUACUGACAUUAAGUGACGUUUAGAAUCAAUUAGAAAAAAAAGUCGUGGUGGCCUAGUGGGUAAAAAACCAACCUCUCGAGUAUGAGGGUGUGGGUUCGAUUCCAGGUCAGGCAAGUACAUUGCAACUUUUCUAAGUUUGUAUGUACUUU